ACUAAAAUAAAUCAGGCAGGUGCUAUGUCAACUGGUCGACACAGAGUUUGUGCCACAGGUGACGGCAACAUGCAAGGCGGGACAUAUGAGCAUCAAGGUGGCCUUCAAUGGCAGCUUCUACGGGGCGGUGCACGCCCGCGACUACCGCACGCCUGCGUGCAUGACGCACGGAGACGGCGGCCGCCAGAUUGCUCUCGACAUCAACCUGCUGGCGGCGCACUCCGCUCCUGAUUAUUGUGGAUUACUCGUCAACAACAAAACCGAAGAACGUUCAGUACCGAUCGCUGUACGAAUCCACCGAACAUUAGAACUUGCAGAUGAUAAGUUCUAUGUAAUCACUUGCGGCAAAGCAGGAUUCCGUAACGCACGAAAUGAGACAUCGUUAGUGUCAUUACGCCUGUUGGAUGGUGGUAGAAAAAUCACGCAAGCGGUAUACAGCCGCCCCUAUACGCUGCGUGCAGAGAUCUCUCGCCCAGAUGGGACUUAUGGCUUCCGGGUUAAAUCAUGCUUUGCGUUCAACAAGCUCAACAGCAGUGUACCGCUAAUCGAUGAACGCGGAUGUCCCGUCAAUCCCAACGUUAUCAAGGGUUUUACAUAUGAUGACAAACGCAGCAUUGCCGACGCUCAGCUACAAUCAAUGUUUCGGUUUCCCGAAAGUUCCGAAGUUCAUUUCCAGUGUGAUGUUGGUUUGUGUAAAGGCUCUUGCCCAGACCCAAAUUGUUCUGACGGUGGCGGACAAACUAAGGCGUUGGUAACAGACGAAGGUGUCUUAAUGGCGGCUACUAGUGUGUUUGUCUUGGAUCCUGGCGAGGCACCACUUGUACAAGAGCUGUGUGAUGAUGGUAGUGUGCAUCCAUCAUGGCUGCUCUGGUUGUGCGUUGCGUUGGGUAUUCUCUUCCUUAUUAUGUUGAUUAUAAAUAUAUUCUUGUGUUCGGCGAUGACAUGCGCAUGCGCACGUACUGAAAUUAUCGAGAAGGAGCCGAGCAUCAUUGAAGACUACGAUCCUUAUCGAUCUUGGCAUGGAAGUCAAUAUGGAUCUAGAUAUUCAUUGAACGGUGCACCCCAACAUCCAAAAGGUUACACUUCCGGUGGAUCAACAAUGAAUUCGACACGAUCGGUGUCAUCGCAUAGCGAUCACUACGCUAUCGUGCACUCUCGUCCCGGAAGUCGGUACAAGCAUCGUGGCCCACCAUCGCAUAUUGGCAGCCAUUACAGCGGCAAGUGAGGGCGCCACCAUCAUGUUUUGUUUGAUUUUGAUUGAUUUCAAACUGAAACAAACGCAAUUCACCAGCAACUAGCAACCAAGUCUAAUAUUAUUCUUUUUAAAACUUCUGUGCAUACAUUCUACUAUAUUUUAUGAUAAUUUAACGAAUCACUAACACAGAAAAUAGCAACAAAAAGAGUGCUUUAAAUGAAAUAAAAGACAAAAAAAUAUUUUUGAGGUUAUGAAUUGUAUAGUCAUAGUCGAUUGAUGCUCCGAGUCCAUAAUCGAUACAUUCCGCUGCUUAUUAGUUUGUUUUAAGAGCCUUAUUUAAUGAAGUAAUUGUUUAGACGCUUUAAAAUUUUAAAAAGCGAUUCUUUUGGCUUUACUUUUGUAAAUAAUGUUUCUCACUUUGUUUGCUUCACAAAAAAACAUCCACGAUAUCAACUUAAAAAAAUCUAUUGAACGAAUAAAUAUCGAAAUCGAUCAAAAAUUGAAUCUAAUCAAAAUGUACCUAUAAUCUGAAUAACUGUUAAAUAGAUUUAUUAAUUUUAUAUGCUUAAGAAUUUAAACUUAUAAACCUUACACAUUACAUUUCGAACAAAUCAAAAUAAUGUUUAAUAUUGUUAAAAUUUUAUAGAACAAAGAAAAUUUAAAAUUGUCUUUCUAAAAAUGAACUGAAAUUCUAUUGAUACUAAAAAUUUGUAUAUAAUAAGAUGUACGAAGUAAA